AUGACCCCUCCACUCAGCGACUUCCACGAUGCAAAGUUUCCUCUGCAUACUCAUGCUACUUGCGACUGCUGCAAGCAGAUGCGUCGAUGUGCAGGUCCAGAAGAAGGCUCGAUGAAGCUAGCUCGCUGUAAAGAGUGCCAGGUUGCUCGGUAUUGUUCAAGAGAAUGUCAAGUUCAGGGAUGGAAGGGCGGGCACAAGGAUGAGUGCAAGGAUUUCCAGAACAAGCGCAACAACGCGGUUCUUGCGUCCGGCAACCCGCGAGCGUGGGCUGAGUUUGCGCAGUGGCGCGAGUACCACCACGACAGUAUAACGAAUGCAGCUCUAUCGCACUACAUCAUGGGUGGCAAAGGAUCAGAAGCCGACUAUACAUUGCACAUUCUUCUCCUCUAUCAAAACGACGAUUCGCUCCCUGUAGAGCGGAAGUUCCGCAUGCAAGGCUGCCGCUUCGUCCAUAAAACCCUCUCCUACGCGCCCGACGCCAAUUAUGACCCACAACAUCUGAUCCCGCCUGCCAAUACGAUGCGUGCGCUCAUGAUGUUCCGCCAGUACGCCGCACGGGACUUGCAGGAGCGGACGGGCGCGCGGCGACCGCCGCGAAUGGGCUCGUAUCUUCUCACUCUCAAGUUCGGUCCGCCCGGUAUACUUGAACCUGCCGGCCUUCAACCCUUCUUUCGCAUCUUCGCUUUCGCGGACGAGCACCUUAGAGCAAAAGUGAAUGAAGAACGUCUACCUGCGCAGAUACUCGAGAGGAUCUUCCUCAAGGGAAGAAAGCAGAGGUUCUGUUGCGGGAAGAUACCCGGCAUGCCCUCUUGCUGUUGCGGUGGCUGGACACACGAUAAACGCAACUUGGCAAAACAAGACGAGUCCGAUCAGGAAACCGAUGGUGAUCAGCCCAGCAUGCAGCUUGUACCAGGUACCUUCUAA